UGGGGUUAACAUUUCUUUUGAGUUGUUUCUUCUAUAGUUGCUCAUCAUGAGCUCUAACCUACCACUUAAUUUGCUCAUCUUUCUUAGUUCUCUCUGAUCCAUCAGCAUUUACUUUGUUGGUUUCUAUUAUAUGAUUUCUUAUGUCAUGGUCCACUUUUGUUAAAAUCACCACCUCCAUAGAACCUGACUUUGCUGGUAGACUGAGAGCUAUAAAUAUGCAUAUGCUCUGGUGGAGCUAUAUAUGGUUCAUGUUGAUCUAGAUUUUGAGAAGCAGAGAAUUUAAUUGCAGAUUUUCCAUACUUGUUAGAGAAAACAUAAUGGCUAAGCUCAGUCAACAACAUAUGAUUCCCAAAAAUGUUCUCUCUUAUCAUGAAAAAGACACAUACCGGAUAUUUGUUGGUUCAUGGAAUGUUGGGGGUGUUUCACCACCUGACAAUUUGGAUAUCCAAGAUUGGCUUAUUAGCUCACAAAGUAAUAAUAACCCUGCAUCUGAUAUCUUCGUUUUUGGGCUCCAAGAAAUAGUACCACUGAAUGCUGGAAAUGUUCUUGGAUACGAAAACGGCAAGAUUUCUCAGAAAUGGAAUUCAUUAUUCAGAGCAGCUCUUAACAAGAAAUUAGCAGAAGAUAAAGUGGUGGGAGUAGGAGAUCUUAAGAAAGUUUACCCUCUAAAGGAUAUUGAUCAUAAUCAAGUAGAAGAAUUCCAAUGCAUCAUUCAUAAGCAAAUGGUUGGAGUUUACAUCUCUGUCUGGGUUAGGAGUCAUCUCCUACCUUACAUAAACCAUCCAAGUGUCUCUUGUGUUGCCUGUGGUCUUUUGGGCUGCCUAGGGAACAAGGGUUCAGUUUCAGUAAGAUUUAUGUUGCAUGAAACAAGCUUCUGCUUUGUUUGUAGUCAUCUAGCAUCCGGUGGAAAAGAAGGCGAUGCAAAGCAGAGAAACGCUAAUGCAGCUGAAAUUUUAUCUCGAUCAAGCUUUCCUCGCGGUCCUCUGCAUAAUUUGCCACGCCAAAUCCUUGAUCACAACAAUGUGAUAUGGCUCGGAGAUUUGAACUACAGAAUUCACUUGCCUGAUUACAUUACUUGGUCUCUAGUAGAGAAGAAAGAGUGGAGUGUUCUGUUGGAAAAUGAUGAGCUAUUGAAAUUAAUAAAGCUAAAGAUGGAGCUGAUGAAGGGACAUGUAUUCCAAGGUUGGAAUGAAGAAGAAAUUAACUUCCCACCUACUUACAAAUACAAUCCAAAUUCUGAAGUUUAUUUUGGUUGUGAUCACAAGAGAAAACCCCAAAAGAUACGUGCUCCUGCAUGGUGUGAUCGAAUAAUAUGGUGUGGGAAGGGAUUGAAACAAGACCAAUACAACAGAGGUGAAUCAAGAUUGUCUGAUCAUCGACCUGUUCGAGCAAUUUUUGCAGCCGAAGUUGAUGUCUGCAAAGGAUUUGAAAGCUUUCAAUCUUUUUGAUAUCAAUGAGUUUAAUGUUAAUUAAUCAGAAUUUUGGAUUCUAAUAGGUUCAAUUUUCUGGUAAAUCUUUGCUUGGGAAUCUGAUUUUUAGACUUGUGUGAGUUAUUUUGUACAGGAAAAAAAAUAAAAAAAUAAAAAAAAAACAAAAAAAAAAAAAACAGAGAAUAAGAAAAUAUACAUGUCAUACCAGGUAGGUAGGCUUCACUAUGUAAGCUCUAAUUAGAAUAUUGCUAAAGUUCAAUAAGGAAAAGAUAUAAAAUUUCAAAGAAAUCAAUUUGUGGAGGUUAUGUA